AUGGCUGCCCACUCCCCCAAGUCAGAUGUAGGUCAGAUGACAAAGACCCCGUGUGAUACAUCUGCAGAGGUCAUUGAAAGUUCUCUUGAUGACAUGGGAAGGAAAACAUCAUCUGGUUCAGAAACGGUAGUUACUCCGGGAACUAUGACGUGCAUUGCAGUUACCCACCCUCCCAGGUCAGAUGUAGAUCAAUUGGCAGCAACCACAUGUGAUACAUCUGCAGUGGUCAUUGAAAGUGUUUUUGAUGACAUGAGUUGGGCGACACCAUCUGGCCGUUCAGAAACGGUAGUUACUCCAGGAUCUAUUGCAUGCACUAUGGCUGCCUACUCCCCCAAGUCAGAUGUAGGUCAGAUGACAAAGACCCCGUGUGAUACAUCUGCAGAGGUCAUUGAAAGUUCUCUUGAUGACAUGGGAAGGACAACAUCAUCUGGUUCAGAAACGGUAGUUACUCCAGGAACUAUGACAUGCAUUGCAGUUACCCACCCUCCCAGGUCAGAUGUAGAUCAAUUGGCAGCAACCACGUGUGAUACAUCUGCAGUGGUCAUUGAAAGUGUUUUUGAUGACAUGAGUUGGGCGAUACCAUCUGGCCGUUCAGAAACGGUAGUUACUCCAGGAUCUAUUGCAUGCACUAUGGCUGCCCACUCCCCCAAGUCAGAUGUAGGUCAGAUGACAAAGACCCCGUGUGAUACAUCUGCAGAGGUCAUUGAAAGUUCUCUUGAUGACAUGGGAAGGAAAACAUCAUCUGGUUCAGAAACGGUAGUUACUCCGGGAACUAUGACGUGCAUUGCAGUUACCCACCCUCCCAGGUCAGAUGUAGAUCAAUUGGCAGCAACCACGUGUGAUACAUCUGCAGUGGUCAUUGAAAGUGUUUUUGAUGACAUGAGUUGGGCGACACCAUCUGGCCGUUCAGAAACGGUAGUUACUCCAGGAUCUAUUGCAUGCACUAUGGCUGCCUACUCCCCCAAGUCAGAUGUAGGUCAGAUGACAAAGACCCCGUGUGAUACAUCUGCAGAGGUCAUUGAAAGUUCUCUUGAUGACAUGGGAAGGAAAACAUCAUCUGGUUCAGAAACGGUAGUUACUCCGGGAACUAUGACGUGCAUUGCAGUUACCCACCCUCCCAGGUCAGAUGUAGAUCAAUUGGCAGCAACCACGUGUGAUACAUCUGCAGUGGUCAUUGAAAGUGUUUUUGAUGACAUGAGUUGGGCGACACCAUCUGGCCGUUUAGAAACGGUAGUUACUCCAGGAUCUAUUGCAUGCACUAUGGCUGCCCACUCUCCCAAGUCAGAUGUAGGUCAGAUGACAAAGACCCCGUGUGAUACAUCUGAUGCUGAAUUUUCAGAUGACGUUUUUGAUUUUUCUUCUGGUAGUGAAUAUAUUCCUGAAGAUGAUGAAUUGGAUGAAAGUGACUUAGAAGCCAGUGAAUCUUCACCAAUAGAGAAAAAAAUAAAACACCUGCAAUACUCUAAAGGAAAAACUGGGGGGAAAAACCAAUGCCAGAAAGAAAGAAUCUUAAAAGAACUAGCUGAAAAUGAUAAAGUAAUUAGUGAUAGCAAUAGUGAUAUAUCAUUGGAGUAUCCAGAUUUCAGUGCGCUUAAGCCAUCUGUGCUUCCAGUGCCAUUGUUAAAUGAUGAAUUUUCAAGUGCUGAUGAUUCAGAUGUCCCUUUAGAGGAUCAAAAUAUAGAUCCUGAGACUGUUGCUUAUGAUGAAAAGUUUCCAAAGAUAUAUGUUAAACUGGUACGGAAAAGCCAAACAACCAAAUUAGGCAAAAAGAAGAAGACUGAAAGAGUGUAUGAUUCACACUAUCCUUGUAUUUUCUGUGGCAAGAUGCAAACCAAUUUUUCGCAUCAUUUAAUGAGUUCUCUUCACAUGAAUGAAGCAGAAGUACAGGCUAUCCCAAAGGUCAACUCCACAAUGACGAAAGAAGAAAAGCAAAAAACUGUUAAAGAAAGAAAGACCAAAUUUGAACUGCUGCGCCUUCGUGGUAUUCACAAACACAACACUAAUGUGAUAAGUGAAGGAAAAGGUGAAAUAAUCCUUGCCAGAAGAAGUACAGAGAGGGAGUUUGAUCUUAAUGCUGUAGGUCCUUGUCCAAGGUGUUUUGCUUGGCAUCAAUUGAAAAACCUUAAGAGACAUCAAAAGUUAUGCCCAAAGUAUGAUGCUGAUGAAUCAUAUUCAAGCCAAACCAGUCUCAAUAUACAGAGUAAAACGUUAGUGGGACGAAUUUCGGACCAGGCUUCAAAACUUGUUGUGACAGAAGUUUUCACUAUCAUGCAGCCUGACCAUGUAUCUCAAGUGGCCCAAACGGACCCACUUAUCAUAAGCCUUGGUAAUCAGUUGAUGGACCGUAACAGAGGAAACCGUGUAAUGAGGAAAUAUUAUACCAGCCAGGGUAUGAGACUGUCUGCAAAACUCCUAAUUGCUCUGAAGGAAACAACAGGACAUGAUGAGGAUCUUAAUUAUUUCCUCCAACCUUCUCAAUUUGUAAAUGUGGCAGAAGCUGCUCUAAAAUGUUCAAACCAAGACAGCAUCGAUGAAGAAGAUCUUUCGUCACCAAGCAAUGCUAUUAAAUUAGGGUAUGAUAUAAAAUCAUUAGCAAGUUCAAAACUAGCCAGUGCUAUCAUACAUGCUGAUGAAAAGAGGCAAAAAGAGGCAGAAAAUUUUCUGCAGUUAAUGAAAAUGCAGUGGACUGUGAAAGUAACGAAGCUAGCAAGAAUGGUUUUACAAGAAAGACAGUAUAAUAAGCCCAAGUCAUUGCCGACACCCGAAGACAUUAAGAAAAUAACAGAAUUUAUGAAAACGGAGAUCUGCAACCUUGAUCUUACUGACAUUUCAUAUGCUAAUUACAAAAAAGUUGCUGUGUUGACUUUGGCCAGGAUCACACUGUACAAUAGAAGAAGGUGCCAUGAGGUUCAGGCAAUAAGAUUGAAGGCUUACAAUCAGAGAAAAACUGGUCAAGAUGAUGUUCAGGCACAAUUGAUGAAAGAGCUGACUUCAUUCGAAGCACACCUUUUAAUGACUCAGGAAGUUGUUGAGAUACGAGGAAAGGUUGGAAGAUGUGUUCCAGUUAUUUUACCUCUGGAAACGCGCCAGGCGUUAAGUUUUAUUGCAAGCAAGAUAGUCCGAAAGGCAUGUUCCAUUCCAGUUGAAUCUCCAUACCUUUUUGGUAGCAAAACUGGAGGUGUAUUUAGGGCGUAUGAUGCCAUAUCAACUGUUGCUCAAGAGGCUGGGCUGUCAAGUCCAAGCCUUAUUCGUACAAGUAAUAUGAGGAAAUAUAUGGCCACCAUGGUUCAGGCUCUUGAUACCAGUGAAGCUGAGAGGAGUUGGAUCAUACAACACCUUGGGCAUAAUAUGGAUGUGCAUUUACACCAUUACAGACAAACAUCUGAUGUACUAGAAAGAACAGAAGUAGCAAAGAUUUUGUUGAUUCAAGAUUUUGGAAUAGUGCCCCAUUAUGUGGGAAGAAAACUUUCCGAUAUUCAGUUGGAUGAUAUCAUUUCAACUGGUGAAAGUACAUCUGAUGUGGGUUCUCAAGUAAAGCCAGCAUUUGAACAGCAGCAAGAUGAUGACAGCGUUAUUCCAGAGUACAAUGGGAAUCCCAUGAAUAGUGAUGAUGAAGAUGGAUUUUCAAAACCAAAGAAGACAGAAAGAAAGCGGUGGAGCAAGGAAGAGGAGGACGAACUGAAAAAACUAUUCAAAGCUAAUUUUGAAAAAGACUAUUGUCCCAAACAAUUGGAGAUAGAAAAAAUAAUGAAAAAGAGCAGGGAAAAGGGGGGGCUUAUCCACUUACGUCCAAGGGACAAUAUCAAAAAGAAAGUUAGUGGGAUGUUGGUCAAAAUGAGGAAGAAAAAAGAUGGUUGAGGUGUUGCAGUUGUGUUUUCAACUUCUUGGGGUUUCGAAAUAGGUCACUGAUGUUUUUGAGCGUUACGAUUCUGGCUGAUAUUGUAAAUGGCUAUAACUCUCUUAGUAGAUGAGAUUUAGAAUAUACGGUAGAUAUAUUUAAUGUAUCCCUACAAUAUGAUUGUAUCAGAAAUGAAUGAAAGGACAUCCAUGCACGUGUGCUGCAUUCUGAUUGGCUAAUACUUAAAUGGUUGUAACUCUUUUACUUUUCAAUGAAAUACUUUGAAAUUUAAGACAUGGGUAUAUUUUGUGAGGCACUGUAAGAAGAUAUAUGUGAGAAAUCUAGGAAACGUGCUGAAAUCUGAUUGGCUGUUGAUGUG